AUGUCUUCGUCAGUUGGAUUAGAUACCAUUGUAUCGUCAUUAGUUAAGUCAUCACCACCUGGUGAAUUGGAUCGGAUUAGUCAAGAUUUGUCAGCAAUUUUGUCAAAAUCCAAUUCUUCAACAGUUAACACAGCAAUUGAGAAGUACAUAAAUGAAAAUUCGGGAGUGUUUUCUUCGACAUACAUUGCAUCGAAGAUAAAUAAGCAUGAGUCAUCAACAAAAUAUAUUGACUUUAUUGGUAAAAAAUUGUUCAAUAUCGAUCUCCAUAAGCAAACUGCAAUCGACUUUGAAGACUAUGAGCCUGAAGUGAAGUAUCCGGCUUAUUUUGACGAGUUAGUUAAGAAAUUAACGGAAUAUGGUGAAGAUCAUUACCCAUCAAAGUAUGCGUUCACAAUUGUUCCUGAUGGUUCUGACUUGCAAAUUAUUAUAAUUGGGCAGAAGUUGAACUACGAAAAUUUCUAUACUGGAUUAUGGAAAUCUCAUUACAAGAUAAAAUCAGGAUCUAUUGAAGGUGAAGUAAAGUUAGAUAUUCAUUACUAUGAAGAUGGUAAUGUCCGCUUGAAUUUUGAUGAACAGACUAGAGGCACGUUAUCUAGUAGCAAUGCUAGUGAAAUUGUCAACUUCAUAAAUAAUGCUGAAAAUGAAAUGACUUUGAAGAUUGUAGAAGACUUCAACGAGUUAAAUCAAAAGUAUUUUAAGCAUUUAAGAAGACUUUUGCCAGUUACUAGAUCGAAAAUCAAUUGGGGACAAGCCAUUGGUAACUAUAGACUAGGAUCAGACGUGGUUCAUAAUAAAUAG